CUCGUCAUCGUUUUAAUUUAAUUUACUUAUAAUUAAUUUGAAAACUUAGCAAAUAUCUCGCAUAACUCAAACAAGUGCAUUACUCGAAGUCAGCACUACCGUGCACAAUGCACAUGCACCUAGCUUGAACUAGAUUCUAUUUUUAUAAUCAAGUCUACUAAAUUAUUAGUCUAUUAAGUUUUAUUAUUAAUCAUCACAUUGUUUUGCAAUUUCUAAUCAUGCAAUGUCUACUUACUAAAAGUAAAUGCCUACUUAAUUACAAAAAUAAAAUUAUGCAAGAGAUGUUACACUGACUGAUAAGCUCACAAACUAUAAAACACAAACUCACGUAACUCGUUAAACAUUAUUAUUUUAAAUUUUGGUUCCAUAAAAUGGGGGCGAUGUCGCUGAAAGUAAUAUUUUUUGUCUGCAUUCAGACCAUAUUCUUUGAGUCGGUCUUCAGUGCGUGCGUACCUCCUGCAUAUCUUCGUGAACCGGUGUGUGGAAACAUGCCAAUUGUUGAAGGCUGGAACAUGGCAAGUGUGGCUCCAGUCGCACCGAUCUAUGGCCGUGUUAUUGGUGGAAACCUGAUCAUAGACACUUCAGCCCCCUACGCAGCUAUUGGACCAGCAGGAGUGUCGAUAUUCUCCGACAAUCUGCUUAUUGAUGGUGUUGUUCUAGUGACAGGGAGACUCCCUUUCCAAGGGACAGUUGGUUUAGAAGGCGUGGUACCGACAAGUGGUAUUGGUGCAGUGAACUAUAGUAGUGGAGCUAGCAAUAUUGGUUUUGUAGAAAGUGCUCCUAAUCAAGUGCCUGGAGUGAUACCGAACGGUGUAGGGUUACCAGGAGGAUACCCUGGUAUGCUUGGUUUCGGUAGACUGGAGGCAAGUUAUUGAUAAUACCAAUUUAGAUGGUUGUAAAUAAAUAAAUGCGAUCAUG